GGUUGGGCGGCGUGACGUCCGCGGGUCACAGGGAGCGAGGACCGGCGCUACCACCGGGGCGGGGAGGCCCCCGCGCGGGUUCCAGAUCUGACAGCCUGCCUAAUUUAAGCCUUGAUUCUCAUCCUGGCUUUGAGGAGGAAAAAAAAUGUCAUCAUGUGGACGUCACUGAAGGUUCUACAGGGGCUCAUUUAUUAGAGCUGGCAAUUUACUGGUUCAUCAAUGAAACAAUAUUAAAUUAUGAAGAUGUAAAGAAAAAAUCAUCUGUUAACAUUGUGGCAGUCGGAAAGGUCAACCCAAGGGCAGCAUGACGGUGAUGGCUGCGACUGCUGAAGGAUGAGUCAAAUUGCCAUUCCACCAGUUCAGGACUUUCUCCGAGCUUGGGGCUUCUCUGCAGAAUGUCAAGCAAAGAUCGACACAUUGAUUCCAGCUGUUCGUCAUACAUCAAGACGGAACCCUCAAGCCCUGCCUCCUUAACAGACAGCAUCAACCAUCACAGCCCCGGUGGCUCGUCGGACGCCAGCGGGAGCUACAGUUCAACCAUGAAUGGUCAUCAGAAUGGACUUGACUCACCUCCCCUCUACCCCUCUGCCCCAGUCCUGGGAGGCAAUGGGCCCGUCAGGAAAAGAUAUGACGAUUGCUCCAGUACUAUUGCCGAAGAUUCACAGACCAAGUGUGAAUAUAUGCUCAACUCGAUGCCCAAGAGACUGUGUUUAGUUUGUGGUGACAUUGCUUCUGGGUACCACUAUGGGGUAGCUUCGUGUGAAGCCUGCAAGGCCUUCUUUAAGAGGACAAUUCAAGGUAACAUUGAAUACAGCUGUCCAGCCACAAAUGAAUGUGAAAUCACAAAGCGCAGACGCAAAUCCUGCCAGGCCUGCCGCUUCAUGAAGUGUCUAAAAGUAGGCAUGCUGAAAGAAGGUGUGCGCCUUGAUAGAGUACGUGGAGGUCGCCAGAAGUACAAGCGCAGAAUAGAUGCAGAGAACAGUCCAUACCUGAACCCUCAGCUAGUUCAGCCAGCCAAAAAGCCAUUGCUGUGGUCCGUUCCUGCAGAUAACAAGAUUGUCUCCCAUUUGCUGGUGGCUGAACCGGAGAAGAUCUAUGCCAUGCCUGACCCCACCGUCCCAGACAGUGACAUCAAAGCACUUACCACACUGUGUGACCUGGCAGACAGAGAAUUGGUGGUCAUCAUCGGAUGGGCUAAGCAUAUUCCAGGAUUCUCUACCUUGUCCCUGGCUGAUCAAAUGAGCCUCCUGCAGAGUGCUUGGAUGGAGAUCUUGAUCCUGGGUGUGGUAUACCGAUCACUUUCUUUUGAAGAUGAACUUGUCUACGCUGAAGAUUAUAUUAUGGAUGAAGAUCAGUCCAAACUAGCUGGCCUUCUUGACCUCAACAAUGCCAUCCUGCAGCUGGUGAAGAAGUACAAGAGCAUGAAGUUAGAGAAAGAAGAGUUCGUCACCCUCAAAGCUAUAGCGCUUGCUAAUUCAGACUCCAUGCACAUAGAAGAUGUCGAGGCAGUUCAGAAACUUCAAGAUGUUUUGCAUGAAGCGCUUCAGGAUUAUGAGGCUGGCCAGCAUAUGGAAGACCCUCGUCGAGCCGGAAAGAUGCUGAUGACUCUGCCCUUGCUGAGGCAAACAUCUACCAAGGCUGUGCAGCAUUUCUACAACAUCAAACUGGAAGGCAAAGUCCCCAUGCACAAACUUUUUUUGGAAAUGUUGGAGGCUAAGGUCUGACUAAAAGCAUUCUGGGCCUUCCCAUCUUGCACGCUGAAAAAGGGAAAUCAAACAGGAGAGUAGUGGCAAAGAAAUCUAGAGUCAUUUAACAAGCAAAAAAGACUGCACUGAUCAUUAUUUAGCAGCAAGACUGUGAAGCAGCUUUCAACUUCCUUCUGUAUCUUUCUGAUGCAUUUUUUCUCUCUCUCUCUCUCUGUCUCUGUCAUUCUCUCACUCUGCCCCUUUCUCUCUCCCUUCAUUUUUUUCUUCUUUUUUUCCUGCUGCUGAACUUUUAAAAGAGGUCUCUAAUUGAAGAGAGAUGGAAGCCAGCCCUGCCAAAGGAUGGAAAUCCAUAAUAUGGAUGCCAGUGAACUUAUUAUGAACCAUAACGUCCCCAAUGACAAAGGAAUCAAAAGAGAAAACCAACGUACCUAGCAGUACAGUACGACACAGUGAAUUGACUGAAUGCAGUAUUAGAUUUCAUAGGAGCAGUCUCUAAUUAGACAUCCUAAGCGACGUUGCAUCGGCUGCUUCUUACCAUUGCAUUUUCCAUCUAGAUCAGUUACAGCCAUUUGAUUCCUUAAUUGUUUUUUCAAGUCUUCCAGAUAUGUUAGGUUAGCUACUAUGUAACUUUUUCAGGGAAUAGUUUAAGCUUUAUUCAUUCAUGCAAUACUAAAGAGAAAUGAAAAAUACUGCAUUUUUGUGCUGGCUUUGAAUAUUGAUGAACAAUAAUGAAGGACAACUGAAUCCUGAAGGAAGAUUUUUUUAAAAGGUUUUGUUUCUUCUUACAAAUGGAGAUUUUUUUUGUACCAGCUUUACCCCUUUUCAGCCAUUUAUUAAUGUGGGGAUUUAUCUUAACUCAAGCAAUAGUUGAAGGGAAGGUGCAUAUUAUCACGGAUGCAAUUUAUGUUGUGUGCCAGUCUGGUCCAAAACAUCCAGUUUCUUAACAUGAGCUCCAUAAUACCUAAAUGUUCACUAACACAAAGGAUUUGAUUACACCCACAGCACAUAUGAGUAGUCUAACAUGUAAGCGCUCCAUGUUGAAUAAAAAUCUGUAGCAUUGUUAGGAGGGUGAAUCUGUACUCCAGAUGUACAGCGGCUUCAUGACUUCUAACGGCUGCUGGGCUUAGAAGGAAAUACCGCCUAUUGCUGAAUUUCCAGUGUUUCAUGGACAGAACCGUGAACCGAUUUUUGAUAGUGGCAUAAAGGCGGAGGCCAAAAUUAGCCAAAAAAAAUCAGCAGAGAUUAGACCACUGACCAAAUAUUGAAACCUAAAAUUUCUGGACUUGUUCCACGUAGACUCUUCUUUUCCAAUGAAUUGCAGGUUUUGCCAAUAAAUAAGCCAGUUUAUGUGCUUUUCAACCAGUAUCGUCACAGCAUGAAAGCCAGUCAGAUUCAAGACUGUUAAGAAGAGGUGUAAUCUAAUGCAUAGACCAAUUAGAUGCCCCCAGGAAACUACAGUCGCUAAAUAACCAAUAAACAAUAACCUCCAUCAAAUGCUAUACCAAUGUACCAGUGUUAGUAGCUGCUCCCUGUACUAUGUGAACAUUCUUAUUCUAUGUACACAGAUGUAAUUAAAAUUGUAAUCCUAACAAACAAAAGAAAUGUAGUUCAGCUUUUCAGUGUUUCAUGUUUGCUGUGCUUUUCUGAAUUUUUAUGUUGCAUUCAAAGACUGUUGUCUUGUUCUUCUUGUGGUGUUUGGAUUCUUGUGGUGUGUGCUUUUAGACACAGGGUAGAAUUAGAGACAAUAUUGGAUGUACAAUUCCUCAGGAGAUUACAGUAGUAUAUUCUAUUCCUUACUGGUAAGAGGGUUCUUCCUAAUAACUAAGAGAUUGAAACUCCAAACAAGUAUUCAUUAUGAACAGGUACACAUUGAAGUCAUAAUAUUUUCAAAACAAGGGAUAAUUUCUGUAACAGUUUAUUAUAGAAUACCAAUGUAUAGCUUAGAAAUAAAACUUUGACUAUUUCAAGAUUAUAGAUAAGUCUAAUUUUUAAAUGCUGUAAAUAUGGCUUUUACGCAAUCAUCUCUCCAGAUGUUGUUAUUAAAACUUGCUCUGUGUUGUUGCAAAACUUUUUUGGUGCGGAAACACACCAAACUAUUGCUAUUUUGUGUGCUUUAAACAAAUACCGUGGAUUGGAAAUCCAUCAACCUUGUGCUCGAAAAACUGUGUAUAUCAUUAGCUAUAUGGGACUAUAUUGUAGAUUGUGGUUUCUCAGUAGAGAAGUGACUGUAGUGUGAUUCUAGAUAAAUUAUCAUUAGCAAUUCAUUCAAAUGGUCAAUAACUGGAAAUUUAUAGCUGUGAUAGUUCAGCAAUUGGCACAUCCCUUUAAAAAUAACAAAAAAGCAAUUACAACUCCUGGGGAAAAAAAGGUGCUGAUUCUAUAAGAUCAUUUAUGUAUAUGUAAGUGUUCAAAAAAAGUUUAUUUUCCAGAAAAUUUAUGCAGGGUUUAAGUUGCUACAGUUCAACUUCACUAUAUAGAUGAAUAUGAAUAUAAUAUAAACAUUGUUUUCACUGUAUCACAUUAAAGUACCUGGGCUUCAGAGUCAAAAGCCAAACAACAAGAACAAAAAAGCUGGAGAUGUGUUAAAGGAACACGGUGCAGUUUUCAGUUUCCAUUUUCAGAAAAUGCUCACCACUGCAAAAGAACAAGGUAAAGAAACAGAUCUAAAGAAGUAGCUAGAAGAAUUAGGUGGGUUUUAAGGCAAUAUUAAUCUUAAACCUUCUUUGAGGCGAGUUCUUUCAAGUUUCAUCCAGGAUCGCUUCCUGUGACAUUUUGGGAAAAUGAUAGAUGUGUAUGUUUUAGCCAUGACAAUUUAAUUUCUGUGUUUGCUUCAUUUAUUUUUUUCUUAUUUAAAGCAAUAUGAUUGUGUGACUAUCAGUAGUUACACUUGUGUUUCAAUCAGAUCAGAUGGUUGUAUUUAUUCCACUAUUUUGCAUUUAAAUGAUAACAUAAAAGAUAUAAAAAAUUUAAAACUGCUAUUUUUCUUAUAGAAGAGAAAGUGGGUGUUGGUGAUUGUAUUUUAAUUAUUUAAGCGUCUCUGUUUACCUGCCUAGGAAAACAUUUUAUGGCAGUCUUAUGUGCAAAGAUCGUAAAAGGACAAAAAAAUUUAAACUGCUUAUAAUAAUCCAGGAGUUGCGUAAUAGCCAGUAGUAAAAACCAUGUCUAUAGCUGUAGAUGGGCUUCGCAUCUGUAAAGCAAUCAACUUGUAUAUUUUUGUGAUGUGUAUCAUACCGUGUGCUCCAACAAAUGUCCAUUUGUGUAAAUGUAUUUAUUUUAUAUUGUAUAUAUUGUUAAAUGCAAAAAGGAGAUAUGAUUCUGUAACUCCAAUCAGUUCAGAUGUGUAACUCAAAUUAUUAUGCCUUUCAGGAUGAUGGUAGAGCAAUAUUAAACAAGCUUCCACUUUU